AUGGCAUGGUGUGCAGAGGAUGAGAAGACGAUAUGCGGCUUAUCCCGCUUUACAGGCAACGAAGUUAUAGGACUUGGCUAUGUGGUGAAGCGAGAUUGGAGGUAA